AUGGCAGACGUUUUUGUGCAGCAAUCUCGUUCCGUACUGCAGAGAAUGGCCGCGGCACAGAGUUACCAGCCUGCAGACUUCGGGCUGCAGAGACCUGGCACGCUGCCCUCCAUCGCGCAGCUCGAAGUCAUGUGCGGCAAGGACCACCUCACUGUACACCUCUCCUUCUCGGGGCCUUUCCACGGGCUCGUGUCAUCCAAAGGGCAAUUCGGCAACCCUGAUUGUUCUUACGUGCUGCCCAAUUCCGGCGGCAUGCAUUUCGAGUUUCAGAUUUACUACGACAAAUGCGGCACAAAACCUGACAUGGGCGGCAAGUUCUACGAGAACACCAUCAUCAUUCAGUACGACGCAGAUCUCAUCGAGGUUUGGGACGAGGCAAAACGAUUGCGGUGCGAGUGGUACAACGACUACGAGAAGACAGCCAGCAAACCUCCCAUGGUCAUCUCAGAUCUGGACGUAAUUGCGCUAAAUUUCAGAGGCGAUAACGUGGACUGCUGGAUGGAGAUUCAGGACGGCAAAGGACCGUGGGCCGCCCCCGUCACUGGAAUCGUCCCGCUCGGGUCAACUUUAACGAUGGUCAUUGCAAUCAAUGACUACGCUGGUGAAUUCGACAUGAGAACGAAAUCCUGUGAGGCGUCUGAUGGCACAGGUCCCCCUAUUUAUCUCACUGAUGAGAACGGCUGUGUUCUUAGGCCUAAGAUGAUUUCGAACUUCAUGAAGCUGCGGAACAAUGACGGCCGAGCGACAGUUAUAAGUUACGCGCAUUUCCAUGCAUUUAAAUUCCCUGACACCAUGUACGUCCACCUCAGAUGCAAAGUCGAGAUCUGUCGCUACGGCUGUCCUGAUCACUGCCAGAGACCCAUUGCAGGAAAUCCCAUCGGAGAUUAUUCAGAAAAUAACGAACAGUUGCUAGCGGCCGGCUCCAGUCAAUACACCACAAGAGAGAAGCUAGAAAAAUUAAAAUUGAUAAGUCCUCGGGAGUCUGACUUCAGUGAUUUCAGCGAAGGUGACCGACUGACAGCCAGACGUUCUGGUCUUCGUUCCGAUGAACGACCGAAGGCAGAAGGAGCGCGAGUCCUGCUUGGCCCAAGAAGCCUUCGACACAAACGUCAGGUUGUGUCACGUCACGUACGCGCAGCAGAUGUCGGGGUGACCACCGAAUUCAAUGUGAUAUCAGAAGCAGAUCUUGAAUUUACGCCCGGAAGAGAGGAAGGUGUGACAGUGUUCCAGGGGCAACGGGAGCAGGUCAUCUAUGGUAUUUGCCUUCCAGCGCCUGGGUUUUCAGCGCUUUUUGUUUUGCUUGCACUAUGUACGGUCAUCUCGGUUCUGGUGGCAGGGUUCAUGUGCCAUCACCGGCAACUUCAAAAAGAUGUUACAGAAUCGCCGGCUUACAUGCACCAACCUCCCCAGAGCUUCGCUGCCUUCAACAUGGUACAUUUCAUCCGAACUCAACUUAUAGGUCAGGCUAUGUAGAACGCAGUAAUUACUGUUGGUCUAUUUUUAUGUCAAAGGACUCUAAAUACUGUCGCGGGCGGUUAUAGGACAGAACAUAAAUUUUCGAUGCUUCUCAACUGGACAGAUUAGACAAGAUGUGAAAUAGCAUACGCCUUGAUUGCCCUGAAGCCUGAGUUCAGUAUCAUGUCAAUAGUAUUAAAUAGCAUUUUGAAUCUCUAGAUUGUAUGCACAUCGAUAGACAAUGACAAGUUCAGUAUUAUUUUUCCAAUCAGACGAUGGAAACAAAUGCAGUUGUCCCAAAUUGACCGCUGUUCGUUGUUUUCAUGUUGAAGUUUUAUUGUUCGGGAGUAGACGAGAUAUUUAUUGUUACAUUUAAGGCUAAGUUCGUGUAAAUAUUUAUUUUUUACGCGCGGGAAUUUAAUUAUUUAAUGAUCGGA